GCUCCCCGCCCGUGGCUCUCCGUCGGUUCUCUCGUUAGUCUGCCGCGGCCUCCUCAGCCACCCGCCGUAGCCUUCGAGUUUGCGACUCGCGGAUAGGCGUCCUCGGCACGGAGAAGCCGGACUCGGAGUCGUCGCCUGAGUGCCUUUCAUCUGAGAAGUUCAGGGCACUUUGUGGAACUUCUGCCACACAGGCCGUGGGUCUUGCAGCACAUUUGUAAGCAAUGGCUGCCAUCCGGAAGAAACUGGUGAUUGUUGGAGAUGGAGCCUGUGGCAAGACUUGCUUGCUCAUUGUAUUUAGCAAGGACCAGUUCCCAGAGGUGUAUGUACCUACAGUGUUUGAGAACUAUGUGGCGGAUAUUGAAGUGGACGGAAAGCAGGUAGAGGUGGCUUUGUGGGACACAGCUGGGCAGGAAGAUUAUGAUCGCUUGAGGCCUCUCUCCUACCCGGAUACUGAUGUUAUACUGAUGUGUUUCUCCACUGACAGCCCUGAUAGUUUAGAAAACAUCCCAGAAAAAUGGACUCCGGAAGUCAAGCAUUUCUGUCCCAAUGUGCCCAUCAUCCUGGUUGGGAACAAGAAGGAUCUUCGAAAUGCUGAGCACACAAGGCGGGAGCUAGCCAAGAUGAAGCAGGAGCCAGUAAACCCGGAAGAAGGCAGAGGUAUGGCAAAUAGGAUUGGUGCUUUGGGGCACAUGGAGUGUUCAGCAAAGACCAAAGAUGGAGUGAGGGAGGUUUUUGAAAUGGCCACGAGAGCUGCUCUGCAAGCCAGACGUGGGAAGAAAAAAUCUGGGUGCCUUGUCUUGUGAAACCUUGCUGCAAGCACAGCCCUCAUGCGAUUAAUUUCGAAGUGCUGUUUAUUAAUCUUAGUGUAUGAUUACUGGCCUUUUGCAUUUAUCUAUAAUUUACCUAAGAUUACAAAUCAGAAG